UUAAUGGGGAUUCAUGUGGGUGCGCAUAAAUAACGCGCGUGCGGCGCGUCGGUGGCAGCGGUUACGUGUUGUUUUCCCUCCGCUAACUUUAUCUCCACCCAUCAAGACGCGCGACCCAGCGCCUCAACAUAUGGCGACUGUACUGCAUUGAGAGUUGUGGACCGGCGAAAAAGGUGCACCAAGAGGUCCAGAACGCCGCCAAAGGAAUUCCUCUGGGAAAACCAUGUACCAAGUGGUGCCUGGAGGAGCUGGGGGCACAAAUACAGACGUUCUCCCCAAGCAGAAACGCAGCAAAGACACUCGGCCCCUAGUUGGUGCCGGACUGAUCGGCCUGGUGCUGGUGAUCGGGGCCGUGACUGCGUGGUGUUAUUAUAUAGCUUCCCUUCGCAAAGCGGAGCUGCUUAAAACCCAGCUGUUGGACCUGAAUAAAGAUGGCUACAUCAUCCGCAACCAGGGAGGGGCAAUUGUUUUCAGAAUGGAUUUCAGGUCUGGGACUCUGGAUUUGGAUUCCUGCUCUAAGGAAGGGGAGAUUCUGAGCUGUGGACGCACCACUGACAGAAAACUCAAGUUCUUUAUUGAGACAGUUCGGCCUAAGGACACAGUGCAAUGCUACCGCGUGCGCUGGGAGGAACUGGUUCCCAACAUUCUCGUUGAACACGCUAUGACAUACAAGUUUGCACACUGGUAUGGAGGGGCAAUUUCAGCCAUCCAGCACUGGCCCAUUUCUAUUUCUGGCCAACAGGCUCCCAAACCCUUUGUUACGAGUGACAUCUACUCAAACCGCGAGGAGUUCGGUGGGAUUUUGGAGAGUUACUGGCUCUCCUCCAACGCCACGGCCAUCAAGAUCAACAGUUCCGUGCCCUUCCACCUAGGCUGGAACAACACGGAGAAGACCAUGUACUUCCAGGCGCGGUACAAUGACAGUCCCUUCAAGCCGAACACGGGAGAGGCUCCGUGCGCUGAGCUUAGUUACAGGGUGUGUGUGGGUGUGGACGUGACAUCCAUACACAAGUACAUGGUGCGCAGGUACUUCAACAAGCCAAACAAGGUGCCAGCCAAAGUCAUAUUCCAGCAUCCCAGUUGGUCCACCUGGGCGCUACACAAGACCGACAUCAAUCAGGAGAAGCUCUUGACUUUCGCCGACAACAUCCGCAAAUACAAUUUCAACUGCAGCCAACUGGAGGUGGACGACGGCUACACCUCGCAAUAUGGGGAUUUUGAGUUUGACCCCAUUAAGUUCCCCGACCCCUCGGCCAUGUUCCAGAAGCUGAAGUCGGACGGUUUCCGCGUGUCCCUGUGGAUCCACCCGUUCGUCAACUACGAGUCCGUGAACUUCCACCCCGGGGUGCAGAGGGGUCUGUUCGUCAGGGAGCCGACGGGCCAGCUUCCAGCCCUGGUCCGCUGGUGGAACGGCAUCGGCGCAAUUGUGGACUUUACAAAUUCGGAGGCCCGCGACUGGUUUUCCUCGCAGCUGCGCUCGCUGCGCUCCCGGUACGGCGUGUCCUCUUUUAAGUUCGACGCAGGGGAAACCAACUAUUUACCAUGGAAAUUUAGCACCAAAAAUCUCAUUCGAGACCCAAGCUUUUUCACCAGACGUUACACUGAAAUGGCAAUGCCUUACAACGACCGGGCCGAGAUGCGUAGCGGCUACCAGUCCCAAAACAUUUCAUGCUUCUUCAGACCCAUCGACAGAGACUCGGUGUGGGGCUACGAGCUAGGUCUCAAAUCUCUAAUCCCCACAGUGCUUACCAUCAGCAUCCUCGGCUAUCAGUUCAUUAUUCCGGACAUGAUCGGGGGAAACGCCUAUCUGAACCGCACCGAUGGAAGCCGUGGGCUGCCUGAUCGAGAGCUAUACAUCCGCUGGCUGGAGCUGGCAGCCUUCAUGCCCUCCAUGCAGUUUUCAAUCCCACCGUGGGAAUACGACAACGAGGUGGUCGAAAUCGCUCGAAAAUACACGGCCCUUCACGAGAGCCUCGUGGCACCGCGGGUCCUGGAGCUGGCCAGCGAGGUGCUGACCACUGGGGACCCAAUCAUACGGCCGCUGUGGUGGAUUGCCACAGGCGAUGAGACGGCCUACAAAAUCGACUCUCAGUUUCUGAUUGGGGAUGACCUCAUGGUAGCCCCGGUUUUAGAGCGUGGAAAGCAGGAGCGCGACAUCUACCUUCCUGCUGGUCGCUGGAGAAGCUACAAGGGGGAGAGGUUUGAUAUCAAGAAGCCGCAGCAUCUCACGGACUAUCCGGUGGACCUGGAUGAGAUUGCUUACUUUGUGUGGGUGUAGCUAACAGCAGCUGCAGGAUGGGCCUAUGUUUGCGUGAAAAGCAGCCUUUACAAACUUUUGCUUUUAUGCUUGAGACAUUGAAUGUUUUUAUGCAAGUUCUUUUAUUUCCUAAACAGUAACAUCAGAAAUGUGAAAUGCCAUCAACUCGUAAACUAAUGAAUGUUUGCCUUAUUAUAUUAUGUGGAUUAAUAUCUUUAUGCCAAACAAGGGCACUUUAAAACCGAGUGUGCAACUUUUAAUGAAUGCGUCAAGUUACAGGCACAUUAUAAAUUUAUAUACAUUUCCAAAAAUGACACAUCCUGUAAAUAUUUGUUAUAUGCUUGCCUGAAAUUCAUUGGAUUGAGUAAUAAUAUAUGAAUAUGCUCCUAGGUUCAAACUUUUAAUCAUACUCCAUAGAAAAUGUCAUCUACUAAAAGUUGCACAGUUUUGUUUUAAAGAGCCUACAAGCCAUAGGAUUGAGAUUGGAGAUAAAGGGAAUAUGCUGUGAACUGACCAACUCAUGAUUAUUGUCGUUGUGCCAUACAGUAAGUUGCUUUACUUCUGUGUCACAGUCUAAUACAGAUGAGAUGGUGGAAGCGGUGUCUUCUUAGACGCCAAUGAAUCUUUUAGGUUUGUGCGCUGAGCUGCUUCUCAGGAAGUCAGGUUUUAUGUGCCGCUCAUCAGGACGAAUGCUUAAAGUUGAACCAUCACAUACGGCAUGUGCCGUUGUUUGUGUAUCACAGUGUGAUGCAAAUCCUCCUCGUGUUUUGCCAUAUUAAUAACUUUGGCCAUAAAUAUGUGGAGUGUUAAUGUUACUUUGUUUGGUACAUAUGCUAAAACUGCUUUGCUAUGUUGUUUUAUAUGUAAUUGAUACAGUGUUAAAAGGCCACAUGGUGCUUUCCCUUAGCCUCUUAAUUUAAUCGACUAUGCAGCAACAGAUUUUUUGAAAACCAUUUUUAAAUUCAUUUUACAUACAUGUUAAAGUGCACUGGUAAAAGCGUGUAUUGUAACAUUUUGUUGUUACAGCGUCACAAUCAUGGAUAGAACGCUAGCGUCUGUAGAGUCUUUGUUUGACAUCAAAGUAAAUCUGAUAAAAGGUCAUUGUGGGCAACGUGGUUGAUUAGACGUCACAUUUCUCUGUUUUAAAUAGGGCCGAUCCCAGACUUGACAUCUAUCAUGGAGUUUGUAUGUUUAUUUGAAAUGUUUUUAACCUUUUGUGGUUUUUGAGAAUUAAAACGUGUUUCCUUCUGAA